ACCAUGGAAGAACUCCAGAGAAAGCUGAAUCAACGCUAUGAAGACACCAAGCCCAGAAAGGUGAGGUUCAAGCUGGCGUCAUCCUACAGUGGCCGGGUGUUGAAGCACGUGUAUGAGGAUGGUCAGGAGCUGGAUAGUCCAGAGGAGAAAUACCCUCACAGCUUUGUUCAUCGCAAAAUCCCUCCCAGCCAUCUGGAGGUGGAGCAGCUCUGUGGGUUUGAGGAUUCUCAUGGGGACCAACAGGGUGUCUAUCCCCCAACAGGGCUCAUUGCCCAGAGAAUAAACGUGUACAGAGGAAUGGGAAGCUACAAACCUCCUGCAGGCCAGACUGAGGAAGCAGAGGGAGAUGCCACAUCCUCAGUGUUGGACUUUGGCAAAAUAAUAAUCUACACCAGCAAUCUGCGCAUCAUCAGAGCACCACAGAAGAAGCCUGAAGUGUUGCGGCAACACACACUGCCUCCUGAGGACUUGGAGGGAUACCCAAAGGCCAGGGAGAGGGGGAGCAGGAGGAGGGCUAAAGCUCUUUGUACACAGGACGGGGAGGAGAAGGAGGAGAAACAGAUCAGCGACACAGAGACCAAGGAGGCUGACAGCUGCCAGCAUUGUGGUGGUUCGGGCUGCGCUCCCUGCUCUCUGUGUCACGGUAGCAAGCUGUCUAUGCUGGCGAACCGCUUCAAUGAGUCCAUCAGUGAUCUGCGUUGCCAAGCCUGCUACCCCCAUGGUCUGGAGAAGUGCCAGUCCUGCUCCAGCAAAUAG